CGUGUCCACGAGGAGCCGCUGCGCCUGGCCCCGCUCGCGAUCUGGCUACGAUUUCCUGGUGGUUCCGUCCUGGUGACAGGGCCCGGGUUAUGACGACUAAUCCCAAACCGAACAAGGCAUUGAAGGUUAAGAAGGAGGCGGGCGAGAACGCCCCCGUGCUUAGUGAUGAUGAGCUGGUGUCCAUGUCGGUGCGGGAGCUGAACCAGCACCUUCGGGGGCUCACCAAGGAGGAGGUGACUCGGCUGAAGCAGCGGCGGCGCACUCUCAAGAACCGCGGCUACGCAGCUAGCUGCCGCAUCAAGCGCGUGACACAGAAGGAGGAGCUGGAGCGGCAGCGUGUGGAGUUGCAGCAGGAAGUAGAGAAGCUGGCCCGAGAGAACAGCAGCAUGCGGCUGGAGCUAGAUGCCCUGCGCUCCAAGUAUGAGGCCCUGCAGACCUUCGCACGCACCGUGGCCAGAGGGCCUGUCACACCCACCAAGGUGGCCACCACCAGUGUCAUCACCAUCGUCAAAUCUGCUGAGCUCUCCUCCACCUCUGUGCCCUUCUCAGCUGCUUCCUAGUGCCUGCCGGGGCCUGGCAGGGCACGGGCAGUGGCACAGCCCUCACGCCUAUCCCGGGCUCCCUGGCACAGAUUCCACAUGUCCACUUGCCCACUGUGGACCCCGCCGCGGGGCUGGAGGCAAGGAUAGCAGGGACAGGCAGAUGCAGGAUAAAAGGGAGGCUCUCAUGAGCCAGUGCCACAAGCAGCCCCCUCUCACAUCUCUCCUUCUCCCAGGGGUGUGUUUUUAGUUGCUGACAGGAACCACACGGGCCACCAGGAUGAACAACUCCAGGCCCCUGUGGCAGGGAGUGAGGACUCAUCUCCCACUUCUCCGGUGCCUGUCUGUCAGCACCAUCAGUGCCAUCCUCUAAGGGCCUCUAGCUGGGGUGGAUACCAUACUGUCGCUUUCUGGGCUAUGGCCUUCUUGUCCUUAUGAAAGGACACUACAACCUGCUUUAGCCUUUAGAGCCAGGUACAUGUCCUGGGAAACCGUUCCCAAUGUAGCCACCUGCAGGGGCUAGUACAUGUGUUCCUGUGUGUACAAUAAGACAGGAAGCCACUGGGCUACGUAGCCACACAGGAGCGCCUGUCCAAUAUGUGUGCUGAGGAUUGCACGGAUGUCCUGGAAUGCCCCUGGGGGGUCUGUUAGCUAAGGAGUCUGCCCAUUGUGGUGCAGGACCCCCUUGUCCACAGAGCCAGCAAACAGUGGGGCUCAGGUUCUCCGAGGCUUAGAAGAGAGGAGAGGCUGGAGGGGAGCAGGUAAAGCCUGGGAGAUGUUGUAGGAUAAUGGAAGUGGCAGUUAAGAUGUGUCUUGUUGCUAAGUAAAAAACAGGAAUGAGGUGAAGGACAGGGUAGAGUCCUGGCCGCCCAGGCCCAGCGGAUGUGGAAGAGACCUAAGAGGCAUGGUAUGGAGGGACAAAGGGUGCAUCUGGAGGGCCUUGUGGACACGCCUCUGUGGGUGUCAGUGGGGGCCCAGGGCAGACGAUAGGUGCAGAUACUCUGCAGCUUUGGUGCCCAAUUGAUACCUGCCUAUUCCUCCUUCAUAGGGCUCUGGGUCAUUGGCCAUCUUGUGCUUUCUUACUGAAGUAAUUAUGUCCUCCAGACCCUGAGGAGUAGGGUGAGCAGGGAGUCAGGAGCAGGCUAAGCCAAAGCCAGGCACUUAGAAAGCACUGUUGGAACCAUAGCCUUGGUAGGUAAUCCAUAUUGGAUAUCAAUAAGGACCAUGGGAUAUUUAAAGAGAGAGAAGAUAUAUAUAUAUAUAUAUAAUUAUAUACACAUUUUAUCGUACAGAUUUUUCAUAACAAUUUUCUUUCCCAGUUUGAUACUGUAGAUCUUUUAUUAAUGCAGAGUAGGUUGGACAGUGGGGCGGGGAACUGGCCGUGGAUGGAGGCCCAGGGUGCCAACAGCUUCCCUCAGUCUUUCUGUGGUGGUGCUAGGCAUGCUGGCUCACUGGUGAAGCUUGCACCAGCAGGUGUCCCUGGUUGAGUGGUCUCCAGGGUGGGCUACAGUGGUAGGCAGGUGACCACUGGCCUUGAGUUGCUGCCAACUCCUGGCCUGUGGUGGUCUCCUGGGCAAAGACUCCAUACUGUUGGCCUUCAGGCUCGAUGAGGCUUUCAAUGCCACCUGGAGUACCUGUGCAGGAUACCUGCCUGGAGCGGGGCUGGGAAGGGAGUGAGCUUGCCCCGUGGCUCUAUGUCACUGAAAUUUCAUUGUCACAAUUUAAUAUAUAGAUGUUUUUAUUUAAGAUAAAAAUCUUGUUCCUCCGACUUCUCAAAGCAAGCUUUACUUUUUCAAAAGGUGACAGGGACACAUACUGACCAUGCAGAGGCUUGGUGUCCCCAGCCACCUGCUACUUGGCAGUUUCAUUUCAAUAUUUAUUUUUUGUGCUUCCUCCCCCAUGUUAUAAAUUAUUGGGAAGAGAUCACAGACUGUUGAUCCCUUGUCUGUGCCCUGCCUCAUGGCCACCACCUAAUUUAUUGCUGUACAUGUCGCUGUGACUGCUUUUGUAUCUUUGCAAUAAAGAAUUUCCUGUUUGAGAUG